GCACCACUACCCUUCGGCGACGUUCUCGUCCCGACUCAUUUGGCAAAAUCGUGGGAAAUGUUAUAAAUUGUACUCGUCUUCCAUAUCCGAGAAACAUUGAAAUUAUUCAGUCAUGACCGCGCUGUCGAGAUCGUUCCUCGAUUUUAAUCUUAAAUCUAUCCAUCUCGAUUUGUUGCGGCGAUGCGGAUGUCAUUCCGUCUUCUCGCGUCGCGAAUCUUCGAAGAUCCCGCCAAUCGACGACUGGAAAGUCCAGAAAACCGGGGAGAAAAGUGCAAGAGGAUCGACGAGGGAGAAAAAUGAGAAAAAGGCGAAAAGCAACAGCAAGGCUAAUGUAAAGGUGUGCAUCAUCGGCGCAGGAGUGACGCCUCUUUACACCGCGAUUCUUUUGAAGCAAUAUCGGAAUAUAGGAAGUAUACGCCUGGUGGACACAAGGGAGUCCACGCCGGAGACCUUGACAAACGCGUCGCACCUGGAGACCAGUCCUCGUAUAGAUUACUUCCAGAAAAAAGAUAUAAAGCAGGCCCUCAGAGAAGCGAACAUCGUCGCGCUCAUGGACGAGACGGACGUCGCCGCGACGGGCAGCAACGUGACGGUCCAGGAACAAUUCAAAUUGACGGCAGACUAUGUGCGUCAGAUGACGGAUCGGAUACUGCGCUUCAACCCGGACGCCCUCGUGGCCGUGUUCGCACGCCCCGUCACCGCCACGCUCGCGAUGGUCUCGGAGAUCUUCCGGAGUGCGGGUUGGUGGAACCCCGACCGGAUCGUCGGCUCGACCUCGACGUACGGCGGACGGAUCGAGGAGACGGCGGCGACCAUCCUCAACCUGGAGCGCACGAGUCUCUCGGUGCCGCUGGCCGGCGGCGCCGACGCGCGUACCGUUGUGCCGUUAUUGUCACGUGCCGUCCCGUUCAAUCAAUUCACAAAUGUACAACGCAAGACCCUGCUGCAAUCAUUUCGGACUGGCGACGGGGAGGCGAGGACGGGGCUCAACGAGAGUCGCUCGUUAUCAUCCGGAACGGCUGCUGCGAAACUGAUAAUCAAUCUUGCGGCUGGUCUAUCCGGGCAUGACCGCGUUAUCACCUGCGCCUACGUGAGGUCGGACGUGCUGCCGGUCUGCCGAUUUUUCACCAGCGAACUGGAGUUCGGGCCGGAAGGCGUCAAGCGGAAUUUGGGCCUGCCGAAAAUCUCGGCUGCGGAAGUGCUUCUGAUCGACCAGGCGAUACCCCUCAUUAACGAGCACGUCGAUAUGGCGGUCGCGGCGGUCCGAACGGAGAAAACCCGCACGAGAAUGCAGUGAUCGUUCGGGUCAUUGAUUCCCGAUUUCGGGAAAUCUAGCAGAAUUAAGAAUGUAUUACACCUGUUUUUAAAAUAAUGAAAAAAAAGUA